UAACGUUCUCUCUUUUCCCUCUCUAAGAUCCAACGGCUAUGGCGGCUCCAAAAGUUUACGGGGAAGUGCUUUCGACGGCCAUGCAACGAGUUCUCGCUUGCCUAUACGAGAAGCAGCUCGAGUAAGAGCUCGUGCCCGUCAACAUGGCAGCCGGGGACCACAAAAAGGAGCCAUUUCUCUCCUUAAACCCAUUCGGUCAGGUUCCUGCGUUCGAAGAUGGGAAUCUGAAGCUCUUUGAAUCAAGGGCGAUAACGCAGUACGUAGCUCAUAGUUACCCUGAGAAAGGAACGGAGCUGAUCUAUCAGGAUCCAAAGAGGAUGGCAACGAUUGGAGUGUGGAUGGAGGUGGAGGCCCACCAUUUUGACCCUGUGGCUUCUAAGCUAGUAAGGGAGCUGAUAUUCAAGCCCAUGUUCGGCAUGGCGGUCGACUCAGCCCUGGUGGCCGAGUACGAAGCGAAGCUGAGUCAGGUGCUGGAUGUCUACGAGUCGCGACUCGAGCAAAACAAGUACUUGGGUGGAGACUACUUCAGCUUGGCUGACUUGCAUCACCUCCCUUGCAUGCAAUGCCUGAUGGGCACACCUGUUAAGGAGCUGUUCUACGCGCGCGUGCAUGUGGGUGCAUGGUGCAAUGACCUUUUGGCUCGACCAGCUUGGAACAAGGUCAUAGAGUUGACGAACGAUACCUAGCUAUUUCUCUGU